UUCCGGUGUUGUGACUGCGGGACCGUAAACAUGGCGGUGAGUCUCCGCGCCCGCUCGCUGAGGCACCUCCGCAUCCGAGGCCGGAACGACAGCGGCGAGGAGAACGUCCCCCUCGAUCUAACCCGAGACCCCUCUGAUAACUUGAGGGAGAUUCUUCAAAAUGUGGCCAAAUUGCAAGGGGUUUCAAAUAUGAGAAAACUUGGCCAUUUGAAUAAUUUUACAAAGCUUCUUUGUAAUGCUGGUCAUACUGAAGAAAAAUUAGGUUUUACUUAUGAAGAUAUCAUUAUAUGUUUGCGGUUAGCUUUAUUAAAUGAAGCGAAAGAGGUGCGAGCAGCAGGACUCCGAGCUCUUCGAUAUCUUAUCAGAGACUCCAGUAUUUUACAGAAGGUAUUAAAACUGAAAGUGGAUUACUUAAUAGCCAGAUGCAUAGAUAUACAGCAAAGUAAUGAAGUAGAACGAACACAAGCACUUCGUUUAGUCAGAAAGAUGAUUACAGUCAAUGCUUCAUUAUUUCCCAGUUCAGUUACUAAUUCUUUGAUAGCUGUUGGAAAUGAUGGCCUUCAAGAGAGGGACAGGAUGGUUCGAGCUUGUAUUGCUAUUAUCUGUGAAUUAGCGAUUCAAAAUCCAGAAAUAGUUGCUUUCCGUGGUGGCCUAAGUACCAUUUUAAAAAAUGUAAUAGAUUGUCAAUUAAGCCGUAUAAAUGAAGCUCUUAUAACGACUGUUUUACAUCUUCUUAACCAUCCAAAUACCCGACAAUAUGUGCGAGCUGAUGUGGAAUUAGAGCGGAUUUUAGCUCCAUAUACGGACUUUCACUACAGGCAUAACCCAGACACUGCAGAAGGACAGCUCAAAGAGGACAGAGAAGCACGGCUUUCUGCUAGUAAAAUGGGAAUUGUGGCAGCAUUUCGAUCAUGGGCAGGUAUAAUUAGUUUAUGUAAGCCUGGGAAUUCUGGGAUCCAAUCUCUUAUUGGAGUGUUAUGUAUACCUAACAUGGAAGUGCGGCGAGGCUUGCUUGAAGUUCUAUAUGAUAUAUUUCGCCUUCCUCUUCCUGUUGUGACAGAGGAAUUUAUAGAAGCACUUCUCAGUGUAGAUCCAAGCCAUUUUCAGGACAGCUGGAGACUUUCUGAUGGCUUUGUAGCUGCAGAAGCUAAAGUUAUAUUACCUCACCGAGCCAGAUCCAGGCCUGACCUCAUGGACAAUUACUUGGCCCUGGUUCUUUCUGCGUUCAUUAGAAAUGGACUCUUAGAAGGUCUAGUUGAAGUAAUCACAAGCAGCAAUGAUCAUAUAUCUGUCAGAGCAACUAUCUUACUGGGGGAACUUUUGCAUAUGGCAAACACCAUUCUUCCACAUUGUCACAGCCAUCAUUUACACUGCUUACCAACUUUAAUGAAUAUGGCAGCUUCUUUUGACAUUGUAAAGGAGAAGAGACUACGGGCCAGUGCUGCACUGAACUGCUUGAAACGCUUUCAUGAAAUGAAGAAAAGAGGACCUAAACCUUACAGUCUUCAUCUAGAUCACAUUGUCCAGAAAGCGAUGUCAACACAUCAGCGAAGAGAUCAGUAUCGUGUGCAGAAAGAUAUUUUUAUUCUUAAGGAUACUGAAGAAGCACUAUUAAUUAAUCUGAGGGAUAGCCAAGUUCUUCAUCACAAAGAAAAUCUGGAAUGGAAUUGGAAUCUGAUAGGGACCAUACUUAAGUGGCCAAAUAUUAACUUAAAGACUAACAAGGAUGAACAGUUGCACAGAUUUGUACGGCGGCUGAUGUAUUUUUACAAGCCUAGCAGUAAAUUGUAUGCCAAUCUAGAUCUCGAUUAUGCAAAGUCAAAACAGCUCACAGUUGUUGGUUGUCAAUUUACUGAAUUUCUCCUUGAAUCUGAAGAGGAAGGAAGACAGGAAGGAAAGAAGGAAGGAAGGCAGGUGCAACAAAAGCAGGAUGGGCAUGGAUAUCUCGAAGAGUUAGUAAGAGAUAUUGUGCACUGGCUUAACAUUUCUUCGGGACUGAAACCAGAACGCAGUCUCCAGAACAAUGGUUUACUUAAUACACUUAGUCAGCACUACUUCUUAUUUUUUGGUACCCUCUCCUGUCAUCCCCAUGGAGUGAAAAUGCUUGAAAAGUGUAAUGUAUUUCAGUGUCUCCUUAAUCUGUGUUCCUUGAAGAAUCAAGAUCACUUACUCAAACUGACAGUUUCUAGUUUAGACUACAGCAGAGAUGGUUUAGCAAGAGUCAUCCUUUCUAAAAUCCUAACAGCAUCAACUGAUAAUUGUAGGUUAUAUGCUACAAAACACCUCCGAGUACUUCUGAGGGCCAAUGUGGAGUUCUUCAGCAAUUGGGGAAUUGAGUUACUUGUCACACAGCUUCAUGACAAAAAUAAAGCCAUUUCUUCUGAAGCACUUGAUAUCCUUGAUGAAGCAUGUGAAGACAAGGCUAAUCUUCAUGCCCUCAUUCAAAUGAAACCAGCACUUUCUCAUCUAGGAGACAAGGGAAUGCUUCUGCUGCUAAGAUUUUUAUCAAUCCCGAAAGGCUUUUCCUAUUUAAACGAACGAGGCUAUGUAACAAAACAAAUGGAGAAAUGGCAGAAGGAAUACAAUUUAAAAUAUGUCGACUUGAUAGAAGAACAAUUAAAUGAAGCACUUACUACGUACCGCAAACCUGUUGAUGGUGAUAAUUAUGUUCGUCGGAGCAACCAAAGAUUACAGCGGCCACAUGUUUACUUGCCAAUUCACCUCUAUGGCCAACUAGUGCACCACAAAACUGGCUGUCAUUUGUUGGAAGCUCAGAGUAUUGUUCCUGACCUGAGUUACACUAUCCGUUCCCCUAUGCUGGAAAAAUGGGAGGGGAUUAAGCAACUAAAAGCUGCUCUUUGGGCACUGGGAAAUAUUGGAUCUUCAAACUGGGGAUUGAAUUUGCUUCAGGAGGAAAAUGUAAUACCCGAUAUAUUGGCACUUGCCCAGCAUUGUGAGGUCCUUUGUAUUAGAGGGACUUGUGUCUAUGUGCUUGGCCUAAUAGCGAAAACAAAGCAAGGCUGUGAUAUUCUGAAACAUCACAAUUGGGAUGCAGUAAGACACAGUCGAAGGCAACCUUGGCCAGUAGUUCCCGAUGAUGUGGAGCAACUCUGCAAUGAACUCUCUUCUAUUCCCAGCACUCUUAGUUUGAACUCUGAAUCUACCAGUUCAAGACAUAACAGUGAAAGUGAAUCUGCACCAUCAAGCAUGUUCAUCCUGGAAGAUGACCGGAUUGGCAGCACCUCCACUAGCACAUUUUUCUUAAAUAUCUCAGAAGAUGCAGAACAGAAUCUCUAUGACCAUACCGGGCCUGUGAAGGAUAAGGACCGCAAUCCCUUCCCCUUUUUCUCCUCCCGCAGACUUGUCAGGAAUCGCAUCUUGAAUUCUCUUACCCUACCCAAUAAAAAGCUGAGGAGCAGCAGUGACCCCAAAGCAGGCAAGCUGUCUUCCUUGGAGAACAAGAUGGGUUUAAGGCGAAACCGGACAGUAACGGAACCUUGCAGCAGCAUGGAUUUUACACGGGGAGAUGACUUUACUCCAGUGUUCAAGGUUCCUAAAAUUCACACUAAACUAGAAACUUCAUUUGUUGGGAGCAAGCAUAGCGAAGAUGCCGAUAGUACUCCAAGUAUUGGUGAAAAUGACCUUAAGCUUCCCAAAAGUCUUGGCCAUGAAAAUCACAGGGAAAACUCCAGCCGAGAGAGACUCCUAGAAGGUUCCACGCAGACUCAUUUCAAGAGUCGUAGUUUGAGUUUCAAUACGGACACGACCACAAGUGGCAUAAGUUCAAUGAGCUCAAGCCCUUCCCGAGAGACUAUGGGAGUGGAUGCUACCAAUAUAGACACUGACUGUGGGAGCUUAAGUACUGUGGUGAGUACUAAGACCCUUAAAACAAUUCAGUGUUCCACCCCACAGUCUAACCACCUCCCUCUGUCAAAGUCAAAUUCUGUCUCCCUGGUACCGCCAGGGUCUUCGCACACGCUUCCUCGGAGGGCCCAGUCACUAAAAGCUCCUUCCCUCGCUACUAUAAAAAGCCUGGCUGACUAUAAUUUUAGCUACACCAGUUCUCGAGAUGCAUUUGGAUAUGCAACCCUGAAACGCUUGCAACAGCAGAGGAUGCAUCCCUCUCUGUCACAUUCUGAAGCCCUGGCUUCUCCAGCAAAGGAUGUACUCUUCACAGACACAAUCACAAGUAAAUCUGGUAGCCUAGACUCUCGACUAACGCCCAACCGAUUCAUGAGAGCUUUGAGCUAUGCAUCAUCCUUAGAUAAAGAAGAUUUAUUAAGCCCUAUAAACCAAAAUACACUGCAGCGUUCUUCUUCUGUUCGUUCCAUGGUGUCUAAUGCUACCUAUGGUAGCUCAGACGAUUACAUUGGACUUGCUCUCCCGGUUGACAUCAAUGAAAUAUUUCAGGUAAAAGAAACCCCAUAUUUCCAGAAGAAAACUAUGCUUUCUUAUGAUGAUCGGGGCAGUCGAGUCUUUGCCCAGGAUGCUUCAGGUUUGUCAUGUGAGUCUGCUGAGCUUGUAAAGAGUCCUUUCCAGAUGCUUCGUCAGCAGAUAAGUCUUACGGAGAUUAUGAACACAAGUCGUUCAGAUGCCUCCCAGUUCCUAGAAAACAUGGAAGACACUGGACUCCAAGAACACACUGAAGAUAAUUGUCUCUAUUGUGUUUGUACACACAUCCUCGAUUGUCAGCAUAAUAACAAACUGAACUCUGCAUAUAGUCACCCAGAAUUUUCAGACAUUCCUUAUUCAGACUGGUGUGGAAAGGCUAUGCAUAAUCAUUUGGAUGUGGUUUCACAUUCCUCGAAGUUUUCUGGAAUUUCAGGAUGUAGUGAUGCUGUAUCCCAUGGAUCAGCUACUAGUACUAAGAGUACUGAUCUCAUCAUAGGCAUGAAAUCAAUUCCAGAUGAUACUCCAGUAUGCCGCAUACUACUGAGAAAGGAAGUUUUGCGAUUAGUAAUCAACUUGAGUAGCUCGGUAGGAACUAAAGGUCAUGAAACUGGUCUCUUGACAAUUAAGGAGAAGUUUCCCCAAGCAUUUGAUGAUAUAUGCCUUUACUCUGAAGUAUCCUACUUGCUAGCUCACUGCACUUUUCGAUUGCCAUCUAGACGAUUCAUUCAAGAACUCUUUCAAGAUGUACAGUUUUUGCAGAUGCAUGAAGAAGCAGAAGCUAUUUUAGUCUCACUGUCAAAUCAACAAACAGAUAGCACAUCAACUGAAUCUUGACCUCUUAUGUUCCAUGAUGUGAUAAAUGUGAAGUUACUGGUAGCAUUCAAUAACAGCUAACUGACUGGGCAACAGAGAAGUGCCAUCUUCUGAAUUGUUCCAGGAAUUCUGGUACAUGAAAUUGGAUGCUCAGUUGUAGAAUUUUUCUUCGACGGAACUUGCUUCCAAAGCCAUCUGAGCCCUGAGGGGAAUUGUUAAAACAACGAAAGAAACAAGAUAUGCAAGAAGAAUGAAGCACCAGACACUUAUGCAGGUUUUCAUUUCACUUAUUUUUUAAAUGCAAUGUCACAAAAAUAGAGGACAAAUUACACGGGACCUAGUUUACAUGGUUGACUUUUGACUUCCGUUUUGGACAGAGUUGAUGCCUUGCUUGUUUACCCUGGAUUUGAGAGACAUGGUAUCUUAAGCUGUAUCCCAUUGUUGUCAAUGGAGCAUGCUAUAACCAUGAUAUUAGGGGAUUUCCUUGAUAUAUUUCUUAAUUUUUGUGAACACUACUUGGACAAUUUCUGCUCUCGGAAAAUCUUCAGUAGAUUUGGGAGUAACCUUAACUUAUUUUAUUGUUAUAAUAUUAGCAGUCUUUCCAGUUUUGUUACAGUUUCAUGUAAUUAUGUUAAACUGAACCAAUUAAUGAAUUUCACUACAGUUUGAAUUUAGGGGGGAAACCCACCAUUCCCCUGGAAUUAGAUUUAUCUCCAUGUAAUGCAUGCAUUGUAAUGGGGUGUUCUACAUUAAUGUUCAUCCAGUAAUUGAUUGAUUGUCUAAAUGUAGAUCUUCAAAAACAAUAAUUUAUGUCAGGUAAAUCAAGUAAAAUUAAUACUUAUUGCUGCUUUUUAUCAAGCAAAAUAAUAAUUUCACAUUCCAUGGUUUUAAAUUUGCUCCUAAUCAUUUGCUUCAAUUAUACAGACAAAAGAUUAAUGGCAAGAUAAUACCAAUAAUUGUAGUGAAAAGCCUUAAAUGUGCAGUGCUGAAGUGCUAUAUUGCUCCUUGGUAAAAUUAGCACAAAUUGUGUAAUAGUGAUGGUAUGUAGUUCCAUUCUCUCCAAUAUCAAAUUUAUGCAAGUAUGAGGUUGAAACAAAUUGAAUUUAUUUCCAAAUUGAAAAGUCUCCUUUAGAAUCAAAGGACAUUUACAAAUGUAUAAUUGUUUUGUUUACAAAAUCUGUAAGGUUAUUUGGUCAUUUCUUGUGUAUGGAAAUAAUUCAGGUAGACUGUACUGGGAAUAUGUCCAUCAAAGUUUAUCUCCCCUUAAAAGUAUGCAAAUAUUUGCUUGUUGAGAUGAAAUUAGCUAUUUGUUCUUAGAGGCAUAUAUGUAUUUUUUAUGAAAACUAGCAAUGUCUAGGUUCAGUACAUUGUCAUAUCAAAAUAUGAUUUCUCUAGUUCUAGAAGAAAGGAAACACCAUCAUUACAAACAUACUGUUGGCUAAGAAAGAUGAAGCAGAGGUUUAUCUGAAUUGAAUCUUCAGGACUAGUAAAUCACAAGUAAAAUCUCAUAGUUGAAGAAACAGGAUUGAUAGUUCAUUACACAUAAAACUGAAAACUAUUUUUCCCCCUGCCAUCCUAAAAUUGCCAGGUAGAACAUCUGGAGCUUAAGGCAUUGGAUCGCUUUAAAAAAAAAAAAAGAUGGCUCCUCACAAGAAUUAGGCACCAAUUCCCCAAUCCUUAGAAUAAACCUGAAAUUCUCUUCCUGCCAUUUUGGCUAGAACUACAGUAACUGAUCCACAAAUUAAAGUACUACUGGAUGGGAUACUUUCCAGGAUGGCAUUUUUCUAGAGAAAUAGAAAACUUAAUGAAGAUACUGACUUGUACAAGAGAGUCAGUUCACUCUGAUCCGUAUCUAUAAUUCCCAAAAGAAAAUUACCUCUAAGAUACCUGACUUAACUUAUAUUCUAGCUUCUAACUUCUCUCAAGAACAGGUUAUUCAACAGAUAAGAACUCACAAACCAGAUAAAGACAUUCUACAUAAGAUUAUGGGACACAGUUAUUAUGGAUGAAGCAUUUUCUUCCUCUUCCUAAAACCUUUUAAGAAAAUACAUGUCUUCUACCUCCAAGCAGAAGUUUACAUUACCUCAUUAUACUGCUUUGAACAUUCUAGGUGGGAGAUACAUCAGAAUAAUAUUGGAGUCAGUCUAAUCCUCUCUAAGGUAUUGGAUUAUGUUACUUUGGUACAUAGAGAAUGCAGUAUGGAUAACCUAGAGAACUGUCAUAAGGAGUUUUACCAUUCACAACCAGAGCUGAAUAAUCUUAAGGGGAGUUCAUAAUGUUUUGCUGUUACAUUUCUAGACAUGAAAUUUGAGUGUCUAUUGAGAAUAUUAUUAAUAAUAUUAUUUCUCUACUUUAGUGACCUUUUAAAAACAACAACUGAGGAAAGGAGCAAUUGGAGAAAUUUCAAAUAUUUCCUUCUCAAGUUUGAAAUCUCUUUAAAUACAGUAUUUUAAACUGGUGAGGGUUUUUUCCCCUGUUCUUUCAGGUUUUUAGUUUAGAGACUACAGGAGGGAAUGGGGUGCCCUCUGCUUCCUGUUGAUGUGGUUGUUGUUUCUGAACCAUGGAGUAAAGUUUAUGUUGGGAAUAGCAACAGAUAUAAUCCAGAGAGAAGUGUGUGCCACUGAGAGUCUAGAUUUCAGCAUCUUCUCCUCGUGAGUGUUUGGCAAAACUGCAUUACAAUAAUUUAUGGAACAUCUGGAGAGCCAUGAAGCUACAGUAGUUCCAUAAUUUCUAUGAGAACCUCCUGAGGAAAAGAUAGUGGGGGGGGGGGAGAAGUGGGUCAGGAAAAAAUAAAGGAAGGGCUUCAGCUUGUUAUGCAGGGUUCAUUAAUAAUUUUCCACCAAUAUUCAGAGAUGCUUUGCUCAUAGAUAAAACAACUGUGAUAACACUUCUGUGCAGAACCAAAAUGGCAGCCACAGUGUAGACCAAAUGGUGGUGUAAAUUCCAAAGGAUUCGUACAAUACUUCCAGUAAAAAAAAGCAAAGAGUUGAUUGUACAUAGUAGUUACGAAUACUACCUCAGUAAUGAUAGAGUAUUAUGAUCUAUAGAUUGAUAACUCUAGGUGAAAUUAAUUCAUUUAUUCGGUGUUUUGCAUUUUUGAUUUCAAGGCAAAAGUAGAUGAAAAGGUUUUCUUUAAAACAAAGAUAGUUCAGCUUUCAACUAUAGUCAUUACUGAAAAAACCAGUUUAGUUACAGUGGAAAAUUAAAUUCAGCUAAAUGUACUAAUAUAUAUACUUUGAUAAUAAUACAUUGGUGUACAUAACUUUUUGAAAUUAAAAAAAAAUAGAGUUUUGGCUUCUGUUCAGAAUACUGCUCAAGAUCAAUUGACCUUAGCUGUAUGGGCAACAGCAUCAUCAAAAAUUGUAAAAUAACAUUAAGUAAAUUUGGGUCUUUGCAUUAAAAUACAAAUCAGUGGUGGCUGUAGUAUCUGAACCAAUGUUGCAUCUAUAUGAUGUUAUACUUAUUUUGUUAAUCAAUUUGUUGUAACAGAACAUACCUGGAAUCUGGAUAGAAAUUCAUGUAUUAUGAAUUCAUUUUACUUACUGUCACAUGACAGAUCAUUGACUUUUUACAUUAAUGAACCUAUUUGUACCCAUAAAGUUACAUACAGAUCAACAGCUUCUGCACUUGACAAGUAGAACGAAAAGGUUUAUGGAGCCCCAUUUGUUUCCCCUUGGGUGAUGGGUUGCUUUCAGCUUAGGUACUUCUCUGAAGCAAUUUCUCUUGAUCACUAAACCCAAAAUUUGGAGUAAAUACAGUAGAAUAUGGAAGAAAUCUACACUUGCAUUAUAGAUUAUAAGUAUGAUGGAAAUGGUAUCAGGGUGGUACAUGCUGUAAAGCAUUUUGGCAGAAGCAUUGGUAACCUCACGUAAGGGUAGCAGCCAUAUCUUCUUUCAAACUUCUGUUUUAAGCGUUAAAGACACAUUAAAGCAGCAGCUGUUUUUUUUUAAAGUCUCAGAGAAGUUUUAACUAAGAAACGGGAAGUGCUGUGCUUAAACCUAUAUGGCACUGGGGUCAAACUCAAUUGUGUCACGUGACAUCAUGCGACGUAUCACAACAGGUUUUUUUGCCUUUGCGGAGCUGGGGUGUGGCCUGCAUGUGACUCAUCCAGCCUGCGGGUUGCCAGUUUGACACCCCUGCUCUAUGGGCUUCAUAACACUUCUUUGGAAUUAAUUUUAAAAUGAUGCACAGCCCUGAUAUCCUUGUCAUUUUGAAAGUCUUGGAUGGCAUAAUCCAGAAAUGCUCUAGAAAAAGAAAAUCUUAUCUAAAUGCUCCUCCUCAUUACUGAAAGGAUGAAAUAAUUUGCAAAGAUGUUUAAUGCUUGCGACUGCUUUGGAAUGGACUCUCAUAGCAAGUUCCUAUGUUUUGGAAACCUCACUCCACCCACUUCCCUCAGCCACAAACACUGGCAAUUAUUUGUACAUGAGGUAGUUAAAGAUACUUUCUUGGAGUAUUUAUGUAUGGUGGUAGAAGGAGAAUGAAAGAGAUAACAAGCUAUGGAUGACAAAGCAUAAUUGUUAUUUUCUAUCUUUCUUAUGAUGCAUUCCUGGGGGGAAAGGAUAAACAGUGUGAGUAACGAAACUUGCAAUUGAUUUUUCACAUUUAGCAUCUUCAUCUCCAGUGAUACAGGUCCCAAAGUAUCUUAAUUUUAACAUUAGAUUAUGAAACAACUUUUCCUUAUUUUGUAUUUUUCAAGUAGCAUACAAUUUAAUCUUAUCGUUGUUCAUGUCAAAGCACCCAAUUUCUACUAACUCCCUUCUCCCACUGUAACCUUUCAUAUAAUUCCCAAGAGUCCUUCGGAUCCCAGAUUUUGGAGGAGUCACAAAAGCUCCAUUUUUAAUAUUCCAUUCUCAGAAUGAUCCUAGGCCCCAUUUUAUAACCACAGCACGGUCAAGAAUCUAAAGACGUCACAUUAAUCAAAGACAGAUUUAGAUAUUCAUCUGUGGGGACAUAAAAUGCAUAAGUUGGCCUCCAACAUUGGCCAAGUAAAAGCUAUCUGCAAGCACCCAAAGAGUCAUUUGAUCUGUCCUCAUACAUUUUGGGACCAACUGCAUUUAAGUUGUUACCUGAAUAGUACCAUUAGGAUCUUACUUUACUAAAUAGGUUCUAGUAACUAUUGUGAAUCAACAAAAAAAUGCUCUUCUGUUAUAACCUAAUUGGAAUCAGCCCCACAGCUCAGUAGGCUUCCUGAACUCUUUCAUCCUCAGUAAUAGUGGACAGCAUUCCUCAUCCCCUCCCCUCACGUGCAAUAGUUGAAAGCAAUGGGUUACAGUUUGUAUCAUGGAAAGAUUAUACAUGAUGACAAAACAAAGCCUUUGCAAAAUUAAUAACCAGUUUAUAACAUGAACAUUAAUUUCAGAUAGACGAGGCAUAAUUCAACCAAAGACAACAUUUCUAAGGGUUAGGGGUGCUUAAGUUGAAUCUUGCCUUGAAUAUGUUAAUCCUUUCUGUAUAAUCACGGGGAAAUAAAAUGUCCCUUGAAUAAUCUCUUUUGCAAUAAUCAUAAUUAUCCUUUGAUUUUGAGUGUGUGUGUGUGCGUGCUUUGCCAUUUUGAAUGGGGUUAUGUGACACUGUAAAUGGACAAGGUUCCCCCCUUUAAUAUACCUUGGAAGCUUCACAAUUUGGAGGUAUAAUAAUCAUCUGUUUCUAAUACAUAUCCCUGUUAGAAAUUAUCUAGCAACGAUAGCCUUAUUUUGAUUUUUUUUUUAGAACUUUAGUGAGGAUUACUGUAUAUUCUUAAAAUGCCAGAUUUGCUACACAUUUUUAACUUUUUGCUUUCAGUAAAAAGUAAAGAAUGUGGUUUUCCUUAGGACUAUUUUUGUAAAAUAGCUGGAUAGCAAUGCUACAGCAUGCAGAAAGUGCACUUUUUUUGCCUGACUUGCUUGUAAAAUAGACACUAUUUAAUUUGGGGGAAAAUAUAAUUUAUGCCAAAAAGAAAAAGGUAUCUUGCUGCCAUUUUGCGACUGCGUAGGUUAGAAUAGCACAGAAUGCAAGGAGGGGGAGGGGAGGGGGACACAAUUUGUAAAUAUAAUUAUUGUGAAAAAUGGGGAUAAUAGAUGCCAAUAACCCAAAUGAUGCCUGGGUUAGAAAUUAUGUAAAUUAGUCAUUCGGAGUGGAUGGAGGAGAGAUUAUGAAAAGACUCAUUUUCCCUAUCCCGUAUGGUCAAUUUUCCAUAUAAGUUAACAAGCUGCUACAUAUUUGGAGGUUCUAUUGUUUGUAGGUCAUUGAAUGAAUUUUGAAAUCUGAUUUAUAUUAUAUACCUGUAACAUAGAAAGAAAAAAAAAGUAUUUAUAUAUUUUCUGUAUGACAAUUUCAUGAGCUGUGUAUAAUUUUAAAAAGGCUUUGUCCCAAAAAGGUUCGGCUCACCUUGAUUCUUUUUUUGUUUGUUUUCAUUGGUUUGGAAAUUUGUUUUGUUUUGUAUAGUGUGUACAGUUCAUGUCUAUAGAUAUUACAGGCCUCUUAAAGCAUUAUCUUCCUAUCAAAGGGAUACAUUGUUAAUAAAAUGAACUUUAAACACCUUA